UGCCACAGAAGAGCCUCUUGGCAUUUAAUUCCUCUCCUUUCAUACUAAUUAAGUUCAUAUAAGGGCUACGUAUUAUUCCCAUGGAUUCUCAAGAGCCAUGGAACUUGGAAAACGGUGGCACUAAUGGCGCUGACAUGAAGGGUUUGGACAAGGAAGCAUCCUUUGCUGAUCGACGUGCGCCGCAUAAUACCUCGGCUUCUUCAGUCCUAAGGAAGAAGUCCGAUCCGAUGCUUGUGCCGGCCAAGGUUCGAUUCCUGGUGCUUAGACAGGUGCUCGCCAAUUUGCAAGAGGUGAUCCUCGGGACCAAGCUCGCGAUACUCUUCCCGGCAAUCCCGCUAGCAGUUGUGGCAGACCUUUACAAGUUUGGAAGAGCUUGGAUAUUUGCUCUGAGCUUGCUUGGCCUCACCCCGCUCGCCGAACGCGUCAGCUUCCUAACCGAACAAAUUGCAUAUUUCACAGGCCCAACAGUUGGGGGGCUUCUGAAUGCAACAUGUGGGAACGCAACGGAGCUGAUCAUAGCGUUAUUUGCGCUUCACGAAAACAAAAUACAUGUGGUGAAGUACUCUCUUCUGGGCUCGGUUCUCUCUAACCUCCUCCUCGUGUUGGGGUCAUCUCUUCUUUGUGGGGGCUUGGCCAACAUCAAGAAGGAACAGAGAUACGAUAGAAAGCAGGCUGAUGUGAACUCGCUCCUUCUGUUACUGGGAUUGCUGUGCCAUUUGUUGCCGUUGAUGUUCAGAUAUGGAGGAAGUGGCGGACCAGGCGCUGCCUCGAUUGCUGAAUACACGCUUCAGCUUUCGAGAGCCAGCAGCAUUGUGAUGCUUCUCGCAUACGUGGCUUACAUUGUCUUCCAGCUUAAAACUCACCGGCAGUUGUUCGAGUCCCCAGAGGAGGAAGAGGAGGACGGAGAGAAGGCGGUGAUAGGAUUUUGGAGCGCAUUUUGUUGGCUGGUCGGCAUGACCAUGAUCAUAGCCUUAUUAUCCGAAUACGUCGUAGGCACAAUCGAGGCCGCGUCCAGUUCCUGGGGGAUUUCAGUCAGUUUCAUCAGCGUGAUAUUGCUACCGAUCGUUGGCAAUGCUGCAGAACAUGCUGGUUCUAUUAUAUUUGCCCUCAAGAACAAGUUGGAUAUAUCUUUGGGAGUGGCUCUAGGAUCGGCAACUCAGAUCUCCAUGUUUGUCGUGCCCUUCUGUGUAAUUGUGUCCUGGAUCAUGGGCACUCUCAUGGAUCUUGAUUUCAGCCUCAUCGAAACUGGUUGCCUGGCUUUUACGAUCUUGAUCACCUCCUUCGCUUUACAGGAUGGAACAUCACAUUACAUGAAGGGAGUGGUCCUGUUCUUUUGUUACAUCAUCAUCGCGGCAUGCUUUUUCGUCCAGAAAAUUCCACUGAGUCAAAUGAAUAUCGCGAACUUCGGAGUCGAAGCACCAGCUGGAGUCUCUUCGGCUUAGUCGUAUUUAGUAUGAGUAUGAUUUUGGACCACGAAAUAAACUGGCGCAUUUAUCUCGUAAAUUUUGUUAAUUGAUCCAACCAUUUUCGAACCAACAUUGUCAUUGUCUAUCUCUUGAAUGAAUUUGAGGAGUAUUCUG